UCGGAGGGGCUGCAGGAGAGCGCAUGCUCGGGAGAGCCGGCCGUAGCUAGCCAGGGCGAGCAGCCCAGCGCGGGGGGCUCGGUUUCAUCAGGCGGCGAGCGAGGCAGAGGCAGGCGGCGGCGGCAGGGGAGGAAGGCGAGCGAGAGCAAGCGAGUGUCCGCCAUGGGCUGGCCGCUGCCUUGCGCAUUCGCAGUCUCUUCAUGAAUUAGAGCUCGAAGGGCGGGGGCGCGCCGGAGACACCCCGGGGCCCCCAGGCAUGGCCAGCUCGUGUGCUGUUCAGGUGAAACUGGAGCUUGGGCAUCGAGCCCAGGUGAGGAAGAAACCCACUGUGGAGGGUUUUACCCAUGAUUGGAUGGUGUUCGUAAGAGGACCGGAGCAUAGUAACAUUCAGCACUUUGUGGAGAAAGUCGUCUUUCAUUUGCAUGACAGCUUCCCUAGGCCAAAAAGAGUGUGCAAAGAUCCACCAUACAAAGUUGAAGAAUCUGGGUAUGCUGGUUUCAUUUUGCCAAUAGAGGUUUACUUCAAGAACAAGGAAGAACCGAAGAAAGUCCGCUUUGACUAUGACCUGUUCCUACAUUUGGAAGGCCACCCACCUGUAAACCAUCUCCGCUGUGAGAAGCUGACUUUCAACAACCCAACGGAAGAGUUCGGAAGAAAGCUGCUGAAAGCAGGAGGGAUCAUGGUAAUGUCAGAUGGUUCGUCAGCUGCUUCAGGGCAGAGUCUUCAUCUCCCCAACCUUCCCAGUAACUCCCUGUCUUUUUCUGAAGUGAAGAAAAAAUCAUCUCAUGGGCCAAAGGACCCAAGUAAAACUAUAAGCACUAGCAGCAGCAGCAGUAGUAACAGUUUUUCAAAGCCCCAUAAAUUAACAAAGGAGCACAAGGAUAAACCUUCUAAAGACUCGAAAGAACAUAAAAGUGCCUUCAAAGAACCUUCCAGGGAACAUAACAAAUCUUCCAAAGAAACCUCUAAAAAACCCAAAGAAAACAAACCACUAAAGGAUGAAAAAAUUGUUCCUAAGAUGGCCUUCAAGGAACCCAAACCUAUGUCAAAGGAGCCAAAAUCUGAAAAUAACAUCCUUACCAUAACAGGUGGACAACAGCAAGAAAAAAAGGUCCCUACAAAAAGGCCUCCUGGUAUGGAUUCUGAGGAUCUUGUGGCCAAAAAGAGGAAAAAAAGUAGCUCGGAAACUAUAUUUAAAAGUUUUUCUAGUGCUCCUCCACUGAUACUUACUUGUUCUGCUGCUGACAAAAAGCAAGUAAAGGAUAAAUCUCAGUUUAAGAUUGGGAAAGUUAAAAUGGAAACUGAGACACUGGAGAAGAAGAAGUCCACUUUGCCACCAUUUGAUGAUAUUGUGGACCCUAAUGAUUCCGAUAUGGAGGAGAACAUGUCCUCGAAAUCUGAAUCUGAGCAACCUAGCCCUGCCAGUUCGAGCUCCAGCUCCAGCUCCAGCUUUACACCUUCACAGAACAGUCGACAACAAGGUCCUUUGAGGUCUAUAAUGAAAGAUCUGCAUUCUGAUGAUAAUGAAGAUGAAUCUGAUGAAGCAGAUGAGAAUGACAAUGACUCUGAGAUAGAGAGACCUGUAAAUACUCAUGGAGGAAGCAGGGGCCGCAGGGUUAGUCUAAGUGAUGGCAGUGACAGUGACAGCAGUUCAGCAUCUUCACCAUUGCGUCAUGAGCCACCACCAUUACUAAAAACCAAUAGCAACCAGAUUCUAGAAGUAAAGAGUCCUGUAAAACAGAGUAAAUCUGAUAAACAGAUAAAGAACGGCGAUUGUGAUAAGGCAUAUCUUGAUGAAUUAGUUGAGCUCCACAGAAGGUUAAUGACACUAAGGGAAAGACAUGUACUACAACAGAUUGUAAACCUCAUAGAAGAAACGGGACAUUUUCAUAUCACAAACACAACCUUUGACUUUGACCUUUGUUCACUGGACAAAACUACAGUUAGAAAAUUACAGAGUUACCUGGAAACAUCUGGGGCAUCCUGAGGACACAACAUGGCUGCAUCAAAAUACUGUAAUAUUUUUCUUUUUAAAAAAAGAAAUAAAACAUUCAGAGUGAUGCAACCAAAAUGGCAAAAAAAAAAUCAACCAACUCUAUUCAGCUUUAUUUUUUUUGUUAAAGCCAGUCAUCAUCUCUUGAUAAAGGAGAAGAAAAGUGACAAGCCUCAGAGGAUUGCUCUUCUCACCAAGGAAAUGCUCUGGAAGAGCUAGCCUGGAUAGCCUUGAAAAAAAAAACACUUAAUGAAUGUGUAUGGUAUCAUGUAUCUCUCUGUGGUUUUCCAGGCCACAAGACGAAUGCAUGUUCAACACACUGCCUUAUUACAUAACUGAUCUAUUUAUUAUUGCAUACGUAUAUUCUAAAGUCCUUGAGGGAAUGACACUACCAGAUGUUACGAGUCCUCGUGUACUGCUUACGAUCCUUUGAUGCAGCGCGCCGCCACCGUCACAAGCCUUUUGACCUUACUCUCCUUUCAUUGCCACUUUCUUCUUACCCUUUACUAUUCACUUUUUUUUUUAAAAGAAGGAACUUGUUUCCCACUUCCAUGGCCUCCAGGAACAAGAUACAGACAGAGGGAGGGGGCCAAAAGUGGCCCGACUUCCUUUUCUUUUUUUUAUUAUGCUCUAUCUGCUGCAGCAGAAUGGGUCCCCGGGCUGUAAUCGUGUAUUGAUCAUGGACCAUGGUAGAAAAUGCACCAAAUAGGAUCAUGACUUGCUUUCUAGCCUUAGUCAAUAAAACAUUAGGACUUUUAUUAAAGAGAAGUGUUACCGUCUGCUAUCCUGAACCCAAUGUUGUGUUUGCCAUCGACAUCUUUGUGUCUGUUCUUUAAAAAUGUUGCAUUAGAUAUCUACAGAAGUGAAGGCACUCUGAGGACUGCCAUUAAAACAGGAACACCAGUCCAGUUUUCUUAUGGGAUUGUUACAGAAAAUCCUUAAUUUGGAUGCAUUUAUUGCUCAGCAUUCCACCACUCAGCUGCCCAGAUGUGCAGUCCAAUCUUUUGUUACAAAAGUAUAUUUUUUUUGUGAUCCUACAGCAUAUGGUCUAUUUAGAUUUUGGCUCUUUUCUACCUGUUAAAUUAAAACUUUUUUUCCUUUUAAACUGUUGUCAGACAACACAUUGAGAAACAACUUGCAGUUUUCAGCACUUGUUUGGUGUACCCUACAUGCUUCUACAGCAGGGCUGUCACCCAAUAGAAGACAUUAGUUGAUUAAUUUAUGACUUUUAAUUGAUUCAUCAGUUAAAUCUACAUGACUUUGCGUAUGAAUAAACAAUAGUUCAAAAGACAAUAAAGCCUGCUUUCUUUUUUUUAGCUGGUGCACUCAUAUGUCACCACGAACAACUCCUUAGAAGGGGUAGUCCCUCUCAUGUGGGAGAGAAUGCUUUUUCUAAGGCAACACCUGCCAUCUGUGGGUUUUUUAGGUAACCAUAUUAAACAUGUUUUAAUUGUUAAAAUAAAUAUGCUGCCCCCUUAAUUGAGGGCACUUUUUUAAUCGACCAGAAGGAACUUAAUAGCUUAACCAGUAAAGCCAGCAUCCGUAAUUUCCAGAAGUAUUUCUUUUGAAUUAAAAUGAGACACAAAUGUGUUCAUUAAAACAAGUUAGGAACCUUUACAAAGAGAAGGUUUGGGAGGAGAGUUUUCCUUCCUAGACACUGUUAAUUGUUUUGGCCAAAUGAAAUAUGCUUAUGAAAUAGUUGGGUCUGCUGGACCUACCAUCCUUCAGACAAGGCUGUGUUGGAGAGACCAGUAUAUUUCCAGUCUGCUUCUUUGCCAGAUAUCCUCUGUAGCUACACAGUCAAUCUACAGUAGCAUAUGAGAGUUUAUUCCAUGCACAUAUUUUCGUGCAGCCGCAUAAUACAAGGUUCCAUCUAGGAGGUGUUCCUUCAUAAUCAAAUGGGAAUUCUUAACACUGUUUCUUUAAGUCCAAAGAAAUGAUUUCCUUUUGUGUGUGUGUGUGUCUGUUUGUUUUAAAUUAAAAUGUUGUUUGACCAUAAUCUAUGGAAAGUCUUUCUCAGGCUUCCGAAAGAACAAGUGUACUUUUCUUCAGUAAUGUUAUGAAUCUUAUUGAUGAUUGGCAUGAAACAUACUUGAAGCGUUAUGUUCUUUUUAAGUCCACAUGUUAAUUAAUGUGCAAUUGUUGGGUGGGACGGGAAGGGGUGGGAGGUUUUUGAAAUCUCUUGACAUCAAGCAUAUGAUGUGAUGUUGAAAUGUGGAGGAUGGGGGUAUUUGGGUUUUUUACAUUUUUGUCAACAUUUUUUAUAUGAAAUGUUUGAAAAUCUAAAGGCUAUCUUUCACUUUUUUUAAUGGCACACAGUUGACAUGUUUCCUUUCAGUUCAAUGCAAAACGUGUACUUUUUGGUGUCCAUUUUUGACUUUUCUAACUAAAUUUUGUGGCAAAAACUCUUAAGAGGGUGUUGGAAGGAGCACAGCCCCACAUAACUUUUGAAUAGAUAUUGGAAAGUCACAAGUUUUUUUUAAAUUUUGUGUUUUUAAUAACUGACAAAAUAAGUCCUUGGAGCCACAAAAAUAUAGUAGCUGAUGUACAGAAUUUGUGGGGGUGGAGGGGUUUAACUAUGUAAAGGGAAGAUUACUGCAAUUACAGUAGACUCUUAACUCUGACUUGCAUGUAGCUCAUCAGUCAUCCUUAUAAAAAUGUUAGUUCUCUAGUUGGAUGAGACUGAAGAUGGAAUAAACACAUUUCAGCUGCAUUUGUGUGUGUUGAAAGUGAAGGGUGUUUUCCACAAAAUUCUGGUAGAAUAAGAGCUGGUAAGUGGUGUCCUUUUUUAAAAAAAAAUUACCUUUAGUUAUUUUGUAUGCUGAAACAAAAUAAAUCAUUUUUCAAUUAA